UCGACAAUUCAAGAGAAGAGUACUCGACUUCUAUCUCUAUGGCUACAUUGCUCCAGCUACGCAAGAGACCGAAAGACCGCGUAAGACCACGUGAUUGGGCGUGGUUUUCCCCGUUCCCGCCUUUCCGUAGGACAAAGUGGCUGCGCGCCCACAUGUUCUAAUCAGUAGUCAUACACACUUGGAUGAAUAAUGCCUUAAACAGCAGCGGCAGAAGCAAGCAAUGUCUAUAAUAUGUUCACAGCCAGCUGGGUGGAUGCUGGACCACCUAUCUUUCAUAAACAAGUCUGUUUGCCAGAUGUGCCAUUCCCAUGACCACUCUGCCUGGGCCACUUUGGAUAAUACUGCUGCUUCAUCAGAUGCCAAUCUUAGUGUUCCUGAGACCCUGCAGAGUGAAGUUUCUAUUUCUGGGUUGAAAGUUGCAGGAGAAGAAUUACAUCCGUUGCAAGAGGAGAAAUAUGUAUUUCGGGAAGAAUUUUUUAAUAUCUUCAAGCCCCAUAUCUCAGACCUUGAAACAGAACUUUGCCAAAAGAACUCUCAGAUUGAUCGAGAAAAUGGAAUAUUUGAACAGGACAGAGCCAAGAGUGGUGAUUUCUAUUUUACGGCUAAAGCUAAAAAGAAACGGAAGAGGAGCAGUGACCUUAACCAGGGGGAGCGUGAUGCUUUAGAAUACCAUUUAAAGGUCAGUGGUGUGAUUUUGGAUGGCACCAGACAUUUAGUCCAAGAGGGGCUCAAAAUGGGUUUUCUCCAGUGCAGUUGUUCAAGACAGCAUUGUGCCAAAACUCCAGUUAGUGGACACAGCGAUUGUGGUUUAGCUGAAUUGUGUGAGAUGGCAAAGCAGUUUCCUCCUGUGUCUGAAGAAGAACAAACUAGAUGCACGAUAAAUGAGAAGGCAUCUGUUCCUGAACAAAUUCAGCUCUCCUGUGUUACAGAAAACAACACAAACCAUGCAAAGAUAAUAGCACUGAUGGGACAGAAGUAUUUGUUCCCUCCGCAAAGUGCUUUUCUUUUGUCUGAUAUUUCUGUUAUGCAGCCACUUUUGGACUAUAAUAAAAAAUUUGGUGUAAUUGUGAUAGAUCCACCCUGGGAAAACAAGUCUGUUAAAAGAAGUAAAAGGUACAGUUACUUGUCUCAUUGGCAAAUUAAGCAAAUUCCUGUCCCAGCUCUGGCAGCACCAGAUUGUCUUGUGGUUACGUGGGUGACGAACAGACAGAAGCAUCUACAAUUUGUAAAGAGUGAACUUUAUCCAUUCUGGUCUGUGCAUGGAAUAGUGGAAUGGUUCUGGGUGAAAAUAACAAGGUCUGGAGAGUUUGUGUUUCCGUUAGAUUCUUUUCACAAGAAGCCAUAUGAGAUUCUUGUUCUGGGCCGAGUCCAGCGACAUAAACAUGUACCAUUAAGGACUUCAGAAGAUGAAAUGCCUCCAGCAAUUCCAGAUCAAAAAUUAAUUGUGAGUGUACCCUGUACUCUCCACUCACAUAAACCUCCUCUUACAGAAAUUCUGAAAUUAUAUACCAAGCCAGAGGUAGAAUGCUUGGAGCUCUUUGCUCGGAGUUUACAGCCUGGGUGGACCAGCUGGGGCAAUGAAGUCAUUAAAUUUCAGCACAUGGAUUACUUCAGUGCUGUGCAGAAUAAGAGUAACUGACUUUAUUCAGUGAUAUGAUGUGUUGGGUUUGUUUUUCUUUCUGUACUCAACCUUUGCCUUUUUGGUACAUUUGGAAACCAUUGUCAAUACUUUGAAAAUCAGUAUGAGCCAGUAUACAUUUACUUGCUUAGAGCUCCAGCUGCAGAAGCUGCUGUUGCAGUCUGAUCAGGUACAGCUCACAUGCAGUUACACACUUGAUUGUGUGAUCCAGUUGUGCCACCAUUGCAAAUCAUGGAACAGGGCACUCGCCACUGUAUUUUGAAAUUGUUAUGAUAGUAUAAUGAUAAUACCUUCAGACACGUAAUUCACUCCUUUUGUAACUGAAUUUAUAUAUCCUUCAGCAUCAUAACAUGUGGAAUUUAGUGAUUUGGAUCACACAUAAAUAGUAGCUGUGAAGAGCUGAUUGUAACAUUUGAAAAUUGGACCUAAGCCUAUACAGCGGUGCCUCGCUUAGCGAUUGCUCCGUUGAGUGAUGAAAUCGCUUAGCGAUGGGAUUUUGG